GGCGCAUGCGUGUAGCCGUCGGUGGUUGGCGCCCCCCGGCGGGCUGUGGCGGGGCAGCGCCUGACUGAGCCAGCCCUGUCUGCAUAGCCCCCUGCUUUAGUCCUCUGUGUUCCUCAGCCCCCAGCGAAGCAGCGGCCGGGAGGAAGGAGGGCGAGCGGGCUCGCCCCCACGCGUGACCUUCGUCCCAUGUCGGCUCCGGCUGGGUGCGGGCGCUGGCGGGGCGCUCACGGCCUGGCCUGGAUGCCCCUGCCCAGCCGAACUCGGACGGCAGCGCCUGCACGCAGCUCCCCCGCCUGAGCAGGGAGGGCCCCGCGACAUGGAGGGGAACCGAAGUAAGCCGUAGGAGUAUGAGUGCGUGCUUUGAGCAGUCGCUAGGCAGAUCCUGUGAGAAACUUUACCGCAAGACUCGUGGGAUCUCGUGAGAAGCUUCGCUUUUUCUCCUUUCUCGGUCAACCGAAUGAAAUUUCUGUGCCCGAGUCACGGAGCACGUGGGAAUGUUGAACAGAUACAGCGUGCCACGGAUAAGUAAUUGGUUUACAACUGGGCGUAUUUUGUGCUAUGUCGUUAGUGGUCGUGGUCAGAAAUCUGAUAUCCUCCGUGCAGUUGAGAAAUGCUUUCCUUUGGUGCUUUAUUGAGCAUCUGUUCUGAAGUAGAUCCACUAAAUUUCUGACCAAAAAACAAACCAACCUUUAAUCUUUUUCCUGUAUUUAGUUUAAUCGCAGUACAGCUUCACUGACAGCAUUAAUUAAAAAAGGGGGAAAUGGGAGCUAACAGGAGGCAGAUAUUGUGUAGGCUCAUCUGAACACAAUGGAAAGUGUGGGUCAUCUCACAGCAGUGUCACAUUUUAACGAUGUGCUGCGUGACCGUCCUGAAGAGGAGAACCGUACCACUUCCAGGAAAGUGAUAGCUGAAGGUGAUCUGAAGGCGUUUUGGACACGACUGGAAAGUAGAAGAGUAGACAUCAUAUUUGAGCAGGUGCAAGAAGUACUGCUGCUGCUAAAGGAAAAGAUCAAGAAUGGAACUGCCACAAACCAAGAGUACUUGCAGGCUUGGGCACUGGUGAACGAAGCUGAUCUGGGUGAUCUUUUAACUUUGACAAAUGUAAAUGAUGUUCUUGAUGGAGAGAAUAUACAGGAAACCAAGCCUAAAUUGCAGGAUCUUGUUACAGAUGACAACACUGGAAACUCUGUAGAGGGUUCACGCAGCAAAAAGAAGACUGAAAAAUCGGAUUCAGAGAGUGAGGAAGCAUCAAGUGAAAUUCGUCAUGUACCUUUAAAUCCCCGGUAUCGGAAGCACAAGUGCUCUAGUGCAUGUCUCUCCAACAGAGCAGUAAGCUCCUACAAGGGUGAAAAUCCUCUUAAGAUACCAAUACUGUUUCACUUUCAAAGACGCCACGCGAAAGCAGACUGCCUUUCAAAAUCUCUGGAUGUGAGUUAUAAAGCUCCUUGUGGCAGAAGUCUGAGAAGUUUUCAAGAUGUUCAAAGUUAUUUGUUUGAGACAAAAUGUGAUUUCUUAUUUAUUGAUCACUUCUCUUUCAACACAUACGUCCUGUUGGGCAGGAACACUGUAAAUCCUGAACCCCUUGUGUUUGAUUUUGAUAUUAGCAAUGGAGCUGAAUCUGUGCCUAUUUCCUUCUGUAAUGAUAUUGACCGUGCGAGAUUACCUUAUUUUAAAUACCGGAGGACGUCAUGGCCUCGUGGAUAUUAUCUCAACAACUUAUCCAGCAUGUUUCUUGAUUCAUGUGACUGCACAGAUGGCUGCAUUGAUAGGUCAAAGUGUGCAUGUCUACAGCUAACUGCAAGAGGCUGCAGUAAAGUUUCCGUGUCUCCUAAUACUAAAACUGCUCGUGGAUACAGCUACAAAAGGCUGGAAGGGCCUGUUCCUAGUGGAAUUUAUGAGUGUAGUGUGUCAUGCAGAUGUGACAAGAUGAUGUGUCAAAACAGAGUUGUACAGCAUGGCAUUCAAGUUCGGUUGCAAGUGUUCAACACAGAGAAGAAGGGUUGGGGCGUCCGCUGCCUAGAUGAUAUCGACAAGGGGACGUUUGUUUGUACUUACUCAGGCAGAUUAAAGAGCAGAGCUGAAGUUCAAGAGUUGGGAGAUGCUGAGCAAAACUUGAAGGAGGAGAGUGCUGUGAAUGAUGAAGGGCAUAGCUUUUCUUCCAAAAAAAGAAAGCUUGAUGCUGGUUGUUCAGACUCUGAGAUUGAGCUAGUGCAGACUGGCAAAGAUGACAUUCUUGAGAAGCAGAAGUCUUCUUCUGAAGCAGUGGAUAAUGGAUCAACUCUAAUUCAUCCAAAGAAUUUGAAUACUGCAGCCGUGAGAAGGCUUGGAACUAGAAUAGCUGUUGUGGAUAAUCACCAGCUAAAAAUGGAGGUCAAUACACUGGUGCACAGUGCCAGCUCAGAUGAAGAUAAUUGUUCUCAGCCUCAUCAGUCAAGCAAGACAGAACUGACCAGUGGAACAAAGAAAGAAAGAUCCAUCCAGAAGCAGAAGGAAGAUCUGGUGGAAGCUGGACAGACAAAUCCUGCUGAAAUGGACAGUGCAGAAUGCAAAAGGAAGAAUCUGUCUCUGAGGGGUGUUGCUUGUGGCAGGUCAGGUGUGCUGAAUGAUAAAUACGUUGUGAAGCCAUCCACAAAGGCUCCACAAAAAGUGAACUGCAAAGAGGAAGAUCGCAGACAGUCAAAACAAGGCAUACUUUGUAUGGAAGCAGACAGUGACAGGACACUUCUGAAGAAUGCUAAUGAUGAAAAUAUCUAUAUACUAGAUGCCACAAAGGAAGGAAAUGUGGGUCGUUUUCUUAAUCACAGCUGCUGCCCAAAUCUCUUUGCACAGAGUGUGUUUGUAGAGACUCACAACAGAAGUUUCCCAUGGGUUGCUUUCUUCACAAACAGGCACGUGAAAGCUGGAACUGAACUCACGUGGGAUUAUGGUUAUGAAGCUGGAAGUAUGCCAGAGACAGAGAUUUCCUGUUGGUGUGGAGUUCAGAAGUGCAGGAAAAAGCGCGGGGAUGGGCCGAGAGCCGCUCCCUCGCCAAUCUCCAAUCCCCGCCCGCGCGCCGGACAGCAGCCAAUCGGCAGCGCGAAGCCCCACCCCGUCGCCCCCAACCCCACGGCGGGCUUCCGGGGGGCGCUAUUGAGCAUGCUUCGUGCUCCGGCGGCGCCCGCCUACUUCCGUGCGCCCCCUCCCCCACGCGGAAGCGCGCUGCGGUGCGGGCCGGGCCUUGAGGUGGAUGUGGACCGGUGCGAGCGCUCCACGGUAAGUGCCGCCUCUGCGGGUUGGUCUGCGCCCUUCUUCUGGUCCUGCUGCCUUGGUAGACAUGGCAGUGCAUGGACCGAUGAUGUUAGGGAGUGGCUGGGGGCCUCCAGCGCUGCGAGGCCGAGCGUCUUGGAAGCGGCUUUAUCAGCUUUCUUGCUAGUGGAGAUGGUGGGAGAGCCUCCAGCUCCUAGAGAUGACUUAGUCACCUUAGGUUCUGCGGCAGCGAAGGUGAAAGUCACCUGUCAAAAGCUGCAGAAGGAGUUUGCAACAAUAGAUAAUGGAAGUCCGUCCCUGUCCUACCUUGCUUACAAGAUGCAGAAGGGUAUUCUGGGGCGAAAAAGAAAUCAGAUAUGCGUGGAGGCCAGGCAUUUGGAGUAUCCCACCUCGUGGGAGUGGGAAAUUGAAGAUUUCUGCCGUGGACUUGCACAGAAACCACAGACAAAUCUUCCUGUUCUAGGUGCUUUCUGGAGAAUGGCGAAAAUGGUGAGAAGAACGUGUGCGUUUUGUUCGGAAGGGGAGGCUGGUUCUAUAAUGUACAUUGCCAAAGAGCAAAAUAUUGCAGCUCAUCAGGAUUGCUUGUUGUUUUCCUCUGGAUUUGUGGAAUCUGAAGAGUAUAAUCCAGAAAAUCUAGAUUUAAGGUUUGAUGUGGAAUCCGUAUUGAAUGAACUCAAGAGAGGAAAGCGUCUGGUGUGCAACUUCUGUCGCAAGAAAGGAGCCACUGUGGGGUGCGAGGAGAGAGCCUGUCGCAGGAGCUACCACUACUUCUGUGCCCUGUGUGAUGAUGCGGCGAUAGAGACGGAUGAAGUAAAUGGAGUCUACCGAGUGUUCUGCUCAAAACAUGACCCAGGCAACAGGACCAAUCGCUAUGGUGCAGCUAAUAAGAGGAAAAGACAUGUAUCGAAAUCUUCCACCGUCAUGGAACAAAUGGGAACAGAAGAGACAGCAGAAGAAAACAGAUUACGAAUACUAAGAAGGAAAAGCAGCAGACACAAAGUCCGAAUCGACUUUCUCAGGAAAUGCAAACAAGCUGGGCUUCUGGAUGACAUAUUUGAAGAAAUGUUGGACACACUCCAUUUGGCACAGGAGAAGCUGAUGGAUGACAACACUUCAGAGACAGAGUAUGAAGAGACGGUCAUAUCGCUGUUUGACUGUGGACUGUUUGAAAACAUACUGACCAAUAUUCAUUCGGGGACAGAGGAAAAGAUCCAGGAACUGCUGGAAAGCAGGAGAAGACUGGAUAACCAACUGGAGCUACUGCGGGAGUUAAAAGAAGUUUCCCUCCCCUCCCAAGAGAGUGGUGCCAGUACGUCCAGUACAGUGUCCGAGUAACCCCCAUGGCUGUUGGUGAUGGUGUCAAUACUCCACAUUUUCUAAUGACGGGAACCAUAUAGAGCACGGCUGGUCAGUGUGUAAGUGAUUUCCUUUCCCCCAAGCCAGGGCCACAAGCAAAGACUGCGUGUUUUUACUCAUUUUUAUACCUCACUGUUGCAAUAACUUGAAGUUGUUACUCUUUAAACUUUACUGUGGAUAAGCAUAUUACACAUCAACCCGUAGGCUUUUUAAAGCUGAACAAAACCCUCCACCAGGACUUCUUCCUUCAAAGGCGAGGGCCCAUUGGCUGCCACAGAAAGCUUUUUCAAGUCACUUUAAUUGCAGCAGUCUGUCCUGAUGGCGUGAAGUGGCUGCUACACAGUGUUGUUUUAAGGACCACAGUGCUGCUCUGGCUUUCCAAAGAAGAUGAAUCAGCAGGACAUGCGCUCAGAGAGCAGACUUCUGCAGUGUAAGCUGGAGGUUUUUUAAUAGUUUCUUGAUUGACUGCAUACAAUAUUAGGUCUGCUGUAGCAGCAGUGGUACAGUGGUGGUUGCAGGCAGAUGGAAGCGGUUGGGUACUACGCUCUGAUCAAUGUGUAGUAUAAAAUGGAUCAGACAAUGGGACUGUCUUCUUCCUUUCUUCGUUAAGGAAGGAUACAACUUGAUACAACUUCCCUGUGUUUUCUCUUAAGAGCUACUAUAUUAAGAUGGUUUGAAUACAGUAAAGCAUUGAUUAAUGACAAAAGAUUAAGUUAAUGAAAAUAAAGUGUUUUUAAGAAA